UAGGUAUAAAAAGGAUUCACUGCUGCAUUUGCCUCAAAGACCCGAAGGGCCCGAAGACGAGCGUAGCAUCAACACAUAGCUGACAUAAGUGACUCAGUGUUCUGGUACAAAAAGAGAACGCUCAGAAUGAAGUUAGUGCUUUUGGGUUGCCUUAUGUUGCUUGUUACUAGGGGACUAGGCUGCGGCGGUUGGCGGGCCUCAAAGCCCAGUCAAUCAAAUAGAAUAACCAUACCAUCGUGCUGCCCUGAAAGCAAAAGUCCGAGUGGAGGUCCAAAAGUGAACUCGGGUGCGGCGGUCUGUUACUUCUACCGGUCAACACUUAGGGUUAAGUGCAUCAAGGGAAGCUCAGAAAGGACUUGCACUGCAGUACAAGCAGGAGGAAAUGGCCCCACGCCUUACGGCGAGUACUUGAUUGGCACACAGAGCACCAGUACUAACUAUGCCGGGCUGGACUGGUACAACCUCUACCCUAAGAAGGAAGACAACUCAGGUUACUAUCCAUACCAUCAACCUAACCAUCAAGGCCGCUCGCAUAUGGGACUCCACCCGGGGAGAGUGUCUCUGGGUUGCGUGACAGUCAAAGCUGGUGGCUGCAGCUCCGGAGAUGUCAGUUGCUACAACAGAGACUCUUGCUGGAGACAAAUCAAGAGUAUCGUAAACAGUGGCCACAUGUACUACAGGGGUUCCUCUUACUCUGGCAUUCUUUAUGUUGUUUGAGUCCGCGGUGAUGAGAACAUCGCACAAGGACCCGGCCAUUUCAUAUCUUUUAGUAAAAGUAAGAAAUUGCUUGGCUGAAUCUGUAUGUUCUAAAUUGUUAAAGUUUAAUCUGCUUCAGUUGUAAUCACGUUUACGGCUUUUAUUAAUCUAGGCAAAAAUUGCCAAAAAUAUGUUAAUUGAUCUGAGACCUUGACUAAGAUACCUGAGGGAUUGAAUUUGCAUCUAUACAUCUUUUUGCCCGAUAUUAUGACAUCAUGUAUUUCUACCUUUGUAUUACCUAUGGGUGUAAUAAAAAUAGAUGUAUAA